AGAUUUUCACCUUGUCUGCUUGAUUCUUGCUGAAGCUGGCCAAGACUUCGGAUGCCCCGGCAGGCUAUAUCUGAACAAGCACCAAAAAGAUCUCAUAUCCCACUUAUCGAUCCAAUCUUGAUUGUCUACCCUAUCGUUCACCAAAAUGCCUUCAAGGAUUGCUGAACCCUCUGCGUCGGACACAACAGCGACGCAGGAGAUCCCGUUCAUCACCUUUCCGCCUUUCCCAACACUCCCACCAGGCGUGACACUCAUUCCUUUCAAGGAUUUCAGGGCGCGCGGGAUACAGCUGUUCGCUGAAGUUGUCGGUGGCACAGAUGAGGACGGCAUGGAGCUUGACGGGCUGGGGAUACCCACCGUCGAGUUGCGCGUGAAGCAUUUAACCGACGAGUGCAAGAGCAACACACGUAAGAGAAAACGCAAGAAGAAGUCGGCUGCUACUGUGGAUGGUAUGCCUGCAAGGAAAGUCCCGUGGUACGAAGAGUGGGAGGAAGGCGAGGAUCUUCGUAUCACGAAGGGCAAGUUUGAUCCGAGUGUCUCCCAUGCGGAUCGCCUCUUUCAUGCUGCGAAUGACUUUAGGGUCAAUCGCACUUGGCCGCCGAUCACUUCUGGGGUCAAUCAGCUCUGGGACCAGUUUCGUCUUUACGUUGGGCUCCUCGUCAAUCCAACUGGCUAUCGUAAACCGAGCAAAGACGAAGAGGCAGAUGACGAUGACGAAUUCGGUGAUGGCGCAUCGAACAUUGAGAUGAAUGCGGAGGACACCUCUGGACAAGUUCCUCCCUCGAAGGAUGCUCAAUCAACUUAUUCUGCUGAGUUGGACGAUCAUGACGACGACGAAGGCAAUUUGCAGGCACGCAAAUCUGAUCUAGAGGAGCAGCGCGAGGAGAAGCUCGUCGUGUUCUUAAACGACCCCGAGAAGUCGGUGACGGUCUUCCUAUCAUCCUACAUGCGUGAACAAGGCCUCAUCUGGUCGGAGAGGAACCUCAUCAACGCGCCACACCUCAUUAGUUUCUUCUUGAACUUUGUCUUGCGGAACCGCGUUCUCUCAAAAGCCUCGCAUGAAAGCGGCAUCCGACGUGCCCUUGACAUUGUAGAGCUCGCAAAGAAGGAGCUGCCCCUAACAUACAAGAUCGGGCAGGCGUUGCCUGAUGGGUUCAGUGAUGGCUGCAAGGAGUGCUUCGGCCGAAGAGGCGGAAUUGAAUGGUCUUUCGAAGAUCGCCAAAAGGCAGAUGAUCCACCUGCUUCAGCUGAUCCGACGAUUACUGUUAUCGAUCAGCAUGGGGCAGAAACGGAGAUUGUUCUCCCAGAUACGGAAGAAACCGCCCUCAAAGAUGCCAUCGAAGACAAUGUUGACAUGGAGAUCCAGGUUACUGGCAUGCACACUACUGCCCCCGUCACCAAUGCCGACACCACCGCCCCAAUCGCCACCGCCACUACCACCGUACCACCCGACAUCUGGUCUGCAGACACAGCAGACGCCGUUGGCGGCGGGUGGGGUGCCACGGGCGAUACCGAAGGUUGGGGUUCUGUAGGCUCUGACGGCUGGGGUGCCAUUGGCGAUGGCGGGUGGGGCCCUGCGGAUGACAAUGACGAAUGGGGUGCAGACUCCGCCCCACUCUCAUUUGCACCCGAAGUGACUGAACCCUCUUGGCUUUCCCCGCCGCCCUCGCUCACGUCCCUCUUGGGUCCCACCUCUUUCCCACUGACGCACAGCACAGGGAUUGUGGAGUCAUCGACGCGUCGCAUCAAGGCGAUCCACCCGCCCCCGAAGGAUAAGGCGAAGAUCAAGGGCGAUACGGCGGAAAUGGUGGAGGAUGAGUUAGAGCGGAGAUUUGCGCGGGUUGUCAUGAGCCCAUGGGGGAGAGAGGAAAGCGAUAUUGUGAAGCCAUCUAUCCGCAAGACCUCUCGCGGCGCAGUGGUCAUGCCUGAUGGCGAGGUUGAAGGCAGCGGCCCCGGGAAGCCGCACAAUCCGUAUGAAGAUGAUAUUGUGCUGGCCGUAGAGCCUGCCGUGCUCGAUAUGCUGAGCCUUGGGAUGGGGCUUGGUGGGCUAUGGGUGCAGAUCGUGCGCGAGGAGGUGGGUGCUGACAAGGCUGACAGUGAAGCACCGAAGAAGUCUCAAGGGAAACGCGGGAAGAAAGCCAAAGGCCCUCUGGAUGAGCUUUCGGGCAAUUAUUGGUACCUCGAAGAGCUGAUGGGCAUCUUCCCGAGCUAUUUCAUGUCCAGGGAGAAUGCAAAGUAGAGGAGCUUGGGAGGAAGUUUUGAAUCUUCGUCUUACAUAUUAACCCUACUCAAUAACAGUUUAUUUCACCAGUUUAUUUGCUGCUCAAACGAUAAGCGGUGGGAAAUAAACUGACA